AGCGCCGACACACAUAUCGUCCUUGUGAAGUAACUAUCAUAAGGAAAAAGUUCAAUAAGAAAAUAUCUUCGUGGUUGAAGAACUGUUUUCAUCAUGCCCGGUGUGAUAAAAAGAAAGUAAUCCCGCCUUGGAUUUCACCAAAAGAUUCGGCUGGAAUGCUCGUGAAGUGGGAUACAACAAAAUUUAAGCAACUGUGUGAAACAAAUAAGUUGAAUGCAAACACUGAAGCCUGUAGGAGCGCUCCUUAUUGCGGUGGAUCAAUUUCAGAAGUCGUUAGGGCAAAACGGCUUGAGGAAAAAUUGGGGAGGACCCCCGACGCGGAAGAGGUAUUGCAUGAUGGAUAUACAAACAAGAAAACUGGGCAAUUGAGUGGUCCAAGAGUUCAAGCGAUAGCGGUCAAGCGAUAGCGAUUUUGGAAACCCAAGGGGAGAACGCAAAAGUGGACAAAACGGCACUCUACAUAAAACCCGUUCAACCCAACCGAGGAAGAAUUAUGGGCUUGGGGGCUCUCGGCCCCGAAUUUUUACGUACCGGGUCUUUGAAAGCAAAAUCAUGUGCACCCACAGAAAGUGACCCCGAUAAAGAAUCUAUUAAGGAGGAGUUGAAGACCUUGAGAAAAGAAGUGAAGGAAUUAAGAGAGCAAGGGGCCAUGCAAGCAUAUAUGGGGGGUCCAUGGAUGAAUCCAUUUCUCUAUCACGGGUAUGGCCAAUCUACUUCCGGUAGUCAACCACAAAUGCCUCCAAUGAAUCAUUUUCCUCCCCAAAAUCAUUAUAAUUUUCCACAACAAGGUUCAUCGGCUCAACAAAAUACAUUUAAUUUCUCCCAUCAAGUUCCUCCAAUGAUCCCUAGCUCUUUUGGAGGUAUCCCACAAGCAUCUUCUUCUCAACCUCCUCCCUAUUACCUGACAAUGUUUCCGGGUUUUAAUGGGCAAGGUCAAUCAUCCAUGCAACCAACAACACAACCAAUGCAAUUCAUGCCUAUUCCAACUUCAAACAACAAUACUCAAGAUGAGAAUGCGUCUUUUAUUGACAAUUUACUUGGGAGUGGAGGCAACAAUAAUGCUAAUGAAGAGCAACAAUGAAUUGAUUGUAAUAGAUGGUUAUGCAAAGCAACUUCUUUUGUAUUCAUGUGUUGAACGUUUGACAACAUAUGCAUUUUUUGUUGGUUCUGGCACUGUUUCAAGUGUUACCUAAUAUGCCAUAGAUGUAUAUGGCAUGAAUGGGAUUGUAUGCAGUGACUUAUUAUUAUUUGAACUAUUGUUUCAUUUGGGUUUUAAUUAAACGAAAGUGUGGCUUUUUUGUUC